ACCCAAUAACCCCUCCCUCCACCUGACUAGCAGAGAUCAAGUUGAGUUUGUAUUGGUUGUCCAAUUCAUCGAUAUGGCUUUGAGGGCAACCACCAUAAGGAGUUGGAGAUGGUCACCAAAACUGUCGAUCAUCACCACUACGAUCGGAUCAUCAGGACAGAAGAAAUGCUUGGCAUCUACUACUACUCCUAAAUUGGCCCCGCCUAGUAACUCAUCAUCUCCUACAAGCAAUAGUGCGCCUUACAACAAGUAUUCCUUGACGGGAGAGUACGCCCCAGUGUACAUAGUGAUGGGAUUUGUGUCGGUGGCGGUAGCAAUAGGGGUUCAUACGGCAAAGCAACAACUAGUGCACUCUCCUGGGGUAAGCUUGAGGAAGACGAGGAGAGGAUCCAUGUCGGAGGCCGACCGCCCCGAUCUUGCAACAACCAACGGCCAAAACUUCCUCAACAAAUCCUUCCUCCGCAAAGUUGGUCACAUUCAACAGCAAGACAAACACUGACCAUCCUAGAGGCUGAUGGUCAACUUCUUAUACUUUAAUUUAUAUCAUUUUCUUAUUAAUAUAUUAUCAUGAAUUAUUGUGAUUGCACAAACAUGUGUGUCCGUUCUCUUUACUAGUCUAAGGCACAUUUUGUGGAUUAGUGUGUAAAAUUUUGUUAGCCGGUUGAACAUGCUAUUGUUCUAUGAGAUCUCAAUCCUUUUCAUAAAGAAAAAUAAAGGACAAUACAUAGCAAGAGGUCAAACUUUUUGCAAGGUAUUGAGAUGGCCACGUGUGGAAGGGGUACGUGUUUAGAGAGACAAAAUCAUGUGUCUUGGUUAAAACUUGGAAUUACAAAGAGGUUUUUCCAAAACUAUAUAUGA